AUGAUAAUUAUCAAUCCAAGCAAUGCAAGUACUCCAAAGAUCUUCAUUCUCCUGGGUUUUUCUGACUAUCCCUGGCUGGAAAUGCCACUCUUUGUAAUGGUGCUUAUUGCCUACAUCUGCACACUAGUGGGAAACAUCUCAAUUAUCAUGGUAUCUAGGGCUGACCCUCAUCUUGACAGCCCUAUGUACUUCUUCCUUUCCAACCUCUCCUUCUUGGAUCUGUGUUUUACAACAACCACCAUCCCUCAAUUGCUGCUGAAUCUUUGGGGACCAGAUAAAUCUAUUAGUUAUGGAGGCUGUGUGACUCAGUUUUAUAUGUUUCAUUUCCUGGGAGCCACCGAAUGCGUUCUCUUAGCUGUGAUGUCAUUGGAUCGUUAUAUGGCUGUCUGCAAGCCCCUGAGAUACUCAUCGAUCAUGCAUCAGCAACUCUGCAUCAUCCUAGUGGCCAUGGCAUGGUUAAGCGGUUUGGCAAAUUCUUUGCUUCAAUCAUCCCUCACCAUCCAGCUGCCUCUCUGUGGUAACAACAAAGUAGAUGACUUUCUGUGUGAAGUUCCAGUAAUGAUCAAAAUGUCAUGUGUUGACACCACAUUCAAUGUAGCUAUGCUCUCCAUUGUGGGGGCAAUAUAUUCUCUGGCUCCUCUGUCACUUAUACUUAUCUCCUAUGGAUUCAUUGUAGCUACAGCACUCAGAAUUCGAUCUUCUAAGGGAAAGAAGAAGGUCUUUAACACGUGUGGUUCUCACGUAAUUGUUGUCUGUCUCUUCUAUGGACCAGUGAUUAUCAUGUAUGUGCAGCCUUCUGCUACUAAUUCUGAGGACAAGAACAAGCUCAUGUCCCUAUUCUACAGUUUGGUGACUCCUAUGCUUAACCCUUUUAUCUAUACUUUGAGGAAUAAGGAUGUGAAAGGGGCAAUGAAGAGACUUCUUGUCUCACUGUGCCAUCGGGGAAGAGAGUAA